CAUGCUCAACACUGUGGCUUUGCUGCAGCUGCUGGACGCGGGCUGCUUGGGUCUACGUGGCCUGUCUGUUAUCAUCCCACAUGUGGCCCGCUUCCAGCACCUGGCCAGCCUGCGGCUGUACUACGUGCACGGGGACUCCAGGCGGCCCUCUGUGGAUGGUGAGGACAACUUCCGUUGCUUCCUGGCCCAGAUGGGCUGCUUCACUUGUCUGCAGGAGCUCAGCAUGGGCUCCUCUCUCCUCUCGGGUCGGUUGGACCAGCUGCUCAGUACCCUGCAGAGCACCCUGGAGAGCCUGGAGAGCUCCCAUGGUUCCAAGAGACUAGGAAUAAGCAGCCAUCCCGGAGAAGCCAUCCUUAGAGGACACUGGAUUCAGAGGAGACCUUCUCAGGAGUCAAGGCCAGACAGUUAUUACUUAACUCGGCCGAGCCUCUGUUUCGGCAGAAACCAGGAGUGGGAACAAAAGAGAUAGUAAAUGCAAAAACAAAA